UCUAAGGAAGAUCACUUAAACCAUCUGUCUAUCUUCAUAUGAAUCUAACUUUUCAUUCAAAAAGACACAGAUCCUCAGGUUUGAUAAGGUUCCCCUUUGCAUUCAAUGGUGGUUGAAAUAGGUUCAUCAGAGAAUCAGGUGGACAGAUUCAAUCCAAACAGGUGACAACAUAACCAGCAAUCUUCAAGGUGGAUGUAGUUUAAUUCAAGAAUGAAUCCAGCCUAGGGUUUUCUUUUCUUUUAACUUAUUUUACUUUUUGCUGGUUGAAGUUGAAGGAUCAAACACAAGUUAGCUGUUGAAGUUGGAGAGUCCAUUACAAUUGAUGCCCAUUGAUAUCCAUUGAUUUCUUCAAGUGGAUCAAGUGCCUAAAAGACCUCAACCUAGAGGUUGGUGGACCGUAUACAUUCUACUUUCCUUAACCUUUAAUUUGGGUGAUUAGGAGAUUGCAGAGAAUCUCUGAAGGAAUCACCAUGCAUCCCAAUCCUGAGAAGACUAAAAGUCCAAUAAUCUCACCUCUUUCUACCCUUCUUGUUCGUCAAUGCCCGAAUAUAGGUGGCAUGACAAUAUAGUUAAUUUUCCUACAAAAUUAACUGGGUGCAUAUUUGGGGGGUCACAAUCUGUCAGACUUCUUCAACAUUGCUUAAUUCAGGUGUAAACAGUUUAGGCAGUGAUAGUUUUGAUGGUACAAGAUACCAUAUUUUUACCUUGUAGAGGAGGCUUAGAUGCGAUCCAAGGAAAAUCUAGACAUUGUCACUGGUAUUUAACUAGAAGUUAGGAGGCCCUAAGAAAUCGCCUCCCAUUGCUGCCAAGCAUAGAGAUCUGACUGAGAGCAGAUAUGGAUCGUUUCUCUACAAGUGGUAAUGUGUUUUCUGAGGAGGCAUUUACAGGAGUGGGAAAUGACAUGGCCCAACAGAUUGCAUUGGUUUGGCAGCAAAUAAGGGCUCCCUUAAUUGCCCCAUUGCUAAAUUUGGCUGUUAUCAUCUGUCUCCUCAUGUCUGUGAUGUUGUUUAUUGAAAGAGUUUACAUGGCAAUUGUGAUAGUGCUGCUUAAACUGUGUGGAAAAAGGCCAGAGAAGAAAUACAAGUGGGAACCCAUUAAGGACGACGUGGAAAGUGGUAACACUGUCUAUCCUAUGGUCUUGGUGCAGAUCCCAAUGUACAAUGAAAGAGAGGUUUUUCAGCUCUCAAUAGGUGCAGCUUGUGGUUUGUCUUGGCCUUCAGAUAGGAUUAUUGUUCAAGUCCUUGAUGACUCCACUGAUCCAACAAUUAAGGAUCUGGUGGAAAUGGAAUGCCAAAAAUGGGCUGGCAAAGGGAUAAAUAUUAAGUAUGAGAUCAGAGACAAUCGAAAAGGCUACAAAGCUGGUGCCCUGAAAGAAGGGAUGAAGCAUAACUAUGUAAGGGAAUGUGAUUACGUUGUAAUAUUUGAUGCAGAUUUUCAGCCCGAACCAGACUUUCUAUGGAAGGCAGUUCCAUUUCUAAUGCAUAAUCCUGACAUAGGCUUGGUUCAAGCACGCUGGAAAUUCGUCAAUGCAGACGAGUGUCUGAUGACAAGAAUGCAAGAGAUGUCAUUGGAUUAUCACUUUACUGUAGAGCAAGAAGUGGGUUCAGCAACCCAUGCAUUCUUCGGCUUCAAUGGAACAGCUGGAAUAUGGCGUAUAAAAGCCCUGAAUGAGGCGGGAGGAUGGAAAGACAGGACUACAGUAGAAGAUAUGGAUCUUGCUGUUCGUGCAAGUCUUAGAGGCUGGAAAUUUGUAUUCAUUGGAAACCUUGGGGUGAAGAACGAGCUUCCAAGCACAUUCAAAGCCUACCGUUAUCAGCAGCACAGAUGGUCAUGUGGCCCAGCAAAUCUGUUCAGAAAGAUGUUGAAGGAGAUCAUUGCAAACAAGAAAGUGUCUGCAUGGAAGAAAUUCCAUGUGAUAUAUGGCUUCUUUUUUGUUCGAAAAAUAGUAGCCCACAUUGUCACCUUUGUCUUCUACUGUGUGGUGAUACCUGCAACUGUGCUGGUUCCUGAAGUCCAAUUGCCAAAGUGGGGAGCUGUCUAUAUUCCUACAACAAUCACAUUACUCAAUGCAAUGAGCACUCCUAGAUCUCUUCAUUUGCUUGUAUUUUGGAUCUUGUUUGAGAAUGUGAUGUCUCUUCACCGAACAAAGGCGACCAUCAUUGGAUUGCUAGAGGUAGGGCGUGUCAACGAGUGGGUCGUGACUGAGAAAUUAGGAGAUGCCUUGAAAGCUAAGACUGUUAAACAAAUGAAGAAAAGGAGGUCCAAAAUCGGUGAAAGAUUGCAUGUCCUGGAGCUCUUCACAGGCGUUUAUUUGUUUUUCUGUGCAUGUUAUGACUUUGCCUUUGGAAAGAACCAUUUCUUUAUCUAUCUAUUUUUGCAAGCAGCAGCAUUCUUCAUCAUGGGUUUUGGAUACAUUGGGACAUUUGUACCUGACUUCUAGACCUGGAUCUAAUGCUCAUCAGAUUUCAAUUCAAUUUAAAUUCCCAAUUAUUUUUCCGUUCACUAUGCCCCAGGAGCAGCCUUGUCUGAGGAGAAGCCUUGCAGUGCAUGAGAAAAGCUUUAAAUAUUACCCGAAUCAAAUCACAAUGUAAGCAGAUUAUUGAAUGAAGAAAAAGCAAGGAGGGCAACAAAUUUAAUAGUAGAAUGGAAAUUAAGAAAUAAAAGAGCGCUGUUAAUCAGUCUAGACUAUAGCUGAUGGACAGGUUAUUUUCUCUGAUUUAUAAA